ACCAAUUUCUUCACACGUCUGUCAGAGUAAUCUGUUGGACAGAAUAGCUUUGAUUUCGCUGAAAUUAUUCCAAAAUGUUGACCUUUAAAAGAAAAUAAAAACGGACAAUGUAGUUUCAUCUAAGAUUAGAAGAACCAGACGAAUACACUGGAGUGUAAGAUGUUGUGUUUGGCGCUUUGACGGGACGUUUUGGACCUGACUACCAACGCAGAGGUAGCCCAAAGGUGCCCAAAUGUCAUCCUUUGCUUCUCGUGCUGAAGAACCGGUCUCUGAUCUUGUCUCGUGACACGUAGACAGCACGCGGGAGUCGGGUCUUUUUUUUUCUUAGCAGCGUGAAUGAAUGAUUCCCACGGACACGAUGGGCCACUGUUAGCAAAUUAACUUGAAGACGUUUACAGCACCGAAUUGAACAAACGACACUGUUUUACUUUUUACUGUGCGUGGAGGACUGCAAACAUGAUGCAGCCGUUGGUGGACCGCCCCGUACUGACCGGGGGUUCUGCACGAGACCGACUAGCUACGUGUCUCUCCCUGGCAACGCUUAAGAUGUGGUUUCCCAUCCUGGGGUGGCUGCCCAGGUACAACCGCACCUGGCUGCAGAUGGACCUGAUCGCCGGGGCAACGGUGGGCCUGACCACUGUACCACAGGCCCUGGCUUACGCAGAGGUGGCCGGACUACCUGUGCAGUACGGCCUGUACUCUGCCUUCAUGGGGGGGUUCAUCUACUGCAUUUUCGGGACGUCGAAGGACAUCACCCUGGGCCCCACGGCCAUCAUGUCCCUGCUCUGCGCCGACUACAUCGAGCAGGACCCCGUCUACGCCGUGCUGCUGACCUUCCUCUGUGGGGUCAUCCAGGCCUCCAUGGCCGUCCUGAGGCUGGGGUUCCUCCUGGACUUCAUCUCGUACCCGGUGAUCAAAGGCUUCACCUGCGCUGCGGCCGUCACCAUCGGCUUCGGCCAGGUCAAGAACCUGCUUGGGCUGCGGGGUAUUCCACAGCAGUUCUUCCUGCAGGUCUACUACACCUUCCACAACAUCUCCCAGGCCAGGGUUGGGGAUGUGGUUCUGGGCCUGUUCUGCCUGCUGCUGCUGGUGUCUCUGACCGUGAUGACGAGGACGCUGGGCCCAGGCUCGGACGACCUGCCCGUUCACGUGCGCGCAGCACGAGGCCUGGUACGCGGCCUCGCCACAGUGCGUAACGCCCUGGUGGUGGUCGCAGCCACCUGCGUGGCGUACUCCUGGGAGCUCUCUGGGCACCAUUCCUUCACCAUCACGGGUGAGACCUCACAGGGCCUGCCCCCAUUUCAGCCCCCGCCCUUCUCCGAGACCACACCCAAUGGCACGGUCAUCAGCUUCAGUGACAUGGCACAGGAUUUGGGUGGAGGCCUGGCUGUGAUCCCUCUCAUGGGUUUGCUGGAGAGCAUCGCCAUAGCCAAGGCCUUCGCCAGUCAGAACGACUACCGAAUCGAUGGCAACCAGGAGCUGUUUGCCAUUGGUCUCACCAACAUCCUCGGCUCCUUCGUCUCCGCCUAUCCCGUCACAGGGAGCUUUGGAAGGACUGCAGUAAACUCCCAGUCUGGUGUGUGCUCUCCUGCUGGGGGCGUGGUCACCGGCACGAUCGUGCUGCUGUCCCUGGCCUUCCUCAUGCCGCUGUUCCGCUACAUCCCCAAGGCCUCGCUGGCCGCGGUCAUCAUCUGCGCCGUGGCCCCCAUGGUCGACGUCCGUGUGGUCACCCAGCUCUGGACGGUCCGACGACUGGACCUGCUGCCCUUCCUGGUCACCUUCCUGGUCAGCUUCUGGCAGGUGCAGUACGGCAUUGUGGGAGGGGUGCUGGUUUCCAUGGUGAUGCUGCUGCAUGCCAUCGCCAGGCCGAAGUUAAAGGUAUCUGACCACGAUGUUCUUGUGAUAGAGCUGAACAGUGGGCUGAACUUCCCAGCCACUGAGUACAUCAGCAAAGUGCUUUACACAGAGGCCCUACUGGUGUCCCCGCCCCGGUCCGUGGUGCUGGACUGUCACCACAUCAGCAGCCUGGACUUCACGGUGGUUCAGGAGCUGAGGGACCUGCUGCGGCAGUUCCAGCUGAGGAAGGCCGGCCUGGUCUUCUGCAGCCUGUCGCACGCGAUGCUGGAGGUUCUGUUGGUGGCGGACCUGCCGGGUCUGAUGCACACUGAGAGUGUGGAGGCAGCGCUGCAGGCCCUCUCCGAGCUGAACUUCACAGAGGAACCGGACCUGGUCCAGCCGCUCCUGGCAAAAUGAGCCGCGGAUGGGGGACGGGGGGGUGGGGAUGGGGGGAGGCGGGGUGCGGUAGAUUUGGGCAUGCCACACCCUCCCAGGACCCAAAUCGCACACAGCAACAGUGCUCCUCAGUGUGACACCGCACCCACUGCACCGACCCCCUGUGCAGGCUUCACCCACCCAGACAGCAUGCCUGCUGCAACACAAGCGUGGUGUAUAUAUCACACAAGCGCGUGUAUAUAUCACACAAGCGUGGUAUAUAUAUAUAUAUAUAUCACACAAGCGUGGUGUAUGUAUCACACAAGCAUGUGGAUUUAUCACACAAGCGUGGUGUAUAUAUAUAUCAUACAAGCGUGGUGUAUAUAUCACACAAGCGUGGUGUAUAUAUAUGUAUCACACAAGCGUGGUGUAUAUAUCACACAAGCGUGUGUAUACUGCACUUGCUCACAUGCAGCAGGCCAGACGCUCCACCUCCUUUGGGACCAAAACGCAUGAAGGCACACAGAAACAGGAACGCACAAACGCACAGUUUGGAGUUAGCAGUGUGAGGCCUGAGGUCUGACCCACAGGACCGCAGCUCAGCUGGAACGGCCCUUCCUCGUCUGUGUGACGGGUCGGUGGAUCCGCUUCGAAUGCAGCUCUGUGCUCCAGCGGUUCCCGCCUGUGGUCUUCCCCCCACGUUCCACGCGUAUCACACUUACCCAGCUUUACCACAGGAGGGCUGUAUCUGUCUCUCCGCUGUGGUAUUGACGCCUCCUUCUAAACGAUUGCUAAAUUAUUGGACUGGUACUACCUCGCAAGAUAUUGCACAAAGCUUCACAAAACAGAAGUUCAGCACAGUUUUCAAGUGCGUUUGGCCUCUUUACGCCUAAAUGAUUCAAAUAAAUCACCUGCCCUGGAUUAGACCGGUCUGGCUGAGCUACCCUGGAUUUUGAUAAAAUAAAUCCCCUGGGCUUGAUUAGUCAGGUCUGGCUGAGUUACCCUAGGUUUUGAUAAAUCAUCUGGGCUGGAUUAGUCAGGUCUGGCUGAGUUACCCUCGGUUUAGUCCUUUCAUAGAUAAGGGCGUUGGAAGAGAAUUUGUACUAAAGAAAUGAAAGGUAAAGUAGAAUUAAUUUCAGCUCAUUUACUGACAUUCUUAUUUCUGUUCACGCACUUUUGUACCUUUCAUUCAAAUAAUAAACACCUCAGUUAUUUUCGGGACUAGAACUGUUCUUAAACUAAUUUAACUAGAUUGAUGAAACAGCAUUUGAAAUAUAUUUUAAGAGAAUUCUGAUGUUUUAAAAAAGAACAUUUUGUGUUAUGCAAAUGUACACAUUUAUCAGCAAAAAAAUAAAUGAAAAUGUUUUCAGAUAAGACCAACAGCCAUUAACUCACAAGCCAAAUCAAUGAUUAAUAUCCGAUUCACCCCACAAUCAAGCUUAAUUAAAAACAGUUAAAAUGAGCUUUCGCACUUGCUAGUUGCCAGAUAUGGCAGUUGGUCUGCACCAGGGGUGUCCAGUCUUAUCUGAAAAGGGCCGGUGUGGGUGCAGGUGGUUGUUUAAGCCCAGCACUAAGACACCUGAUUCAACUGAUUUACUAAUCAUGCUCUUAAAUCUAGACCAUGAUAAAAUAGAAUCAGGUGUCACAGUGCUGGGGUGAAACAAAAAACCUGCACCCACCCCGGCCAUUUUUUGAAUAAGACUGGACGCCGCUGGGCUACACUAUAAAAUGGUGGGGAUUUGGGGAUUUUCUGCAGGGGCUUAAACGGGAAGUCCCUGCUUUCCCAUCUACAGUGCCCAGGGUUCGAGAGGGUUUGCUGGCCUGCAUGAGAGCUCUGGAAUGAGUCUGAAUGAAACAACUGCACAAGAACUCUAGUGCCUGGGAUACUUGACAGUGUAUGACUGGUUUUCUUUAUUUUUCUGACAACCAAUAAUCUUUUGUAAUGUUUCUGAAUUACUUUUGUUUUCAAUUGCAACCAAUAAUCUUUUGUAACGUUUCUGAAUGACUUUUGUUUUCAAUUGUUCACAAUGGAUCUUUUUUAUUUAUAUAAUUGUAAUUUUUUUUUUUUUACAAUUUCUGACCAAAAUGUUGGAGUUAAAUUACGGCAGAACUGACUGGGGAAAAAAACAAUAGCUUUAAUAUAUUUGAUGUUUGGUUUAAUAUAAAUAGUGGAAAAUGUCUUAUGAUUUUUCAGAAAUAUGGUGAAAUGGAGAAAAAUAUUUUUUGUAGAAUGUUUGAUUUGUUGGGAUAACGAAAUAAAUCCAAAAAUGUU